GGAUGGGUAGAGUGAGAGGUACAGUUACAGAAAAACGCAAAGAGAGUCACACCUUGAGGAAGUUAACAAAACCACAGGAGGAGAACAAAACACGCUCAAUAUUGAAGGAUGGGACUUGUGCAAUGUUUGGUGAUCUUCUGGAUGUUUUCUGCACAGCUGGUGCUCUCCUCUCCGCUGAACGAUGCGAGCCAUUGCGAGCUUUCAGAAGGGAGAAGGUGUAAAAAGUGUCCUGCAGGUGAGUAUCAGAGGUCGUGUGCAGAGUGUGUGUCGUGUCCUGCAGGAUUUUACACAUCUGAGCUCAACUGUGAACAAACCUGCCUCGCCUGCAACAGAGACUGCAGCGCAGAGUCACAUCUGAAGGUGGUUCAGAACUGUAGCCGCUCGUCCGACAUGAGGUGUGUCUGUGAGGAAGGCUUCAGAUGCUCUCACCAACUCACCAAGUCAAGAAAAUGCAGAGACUGUGAAAAGAUACAGGAAACAACAACAGAACCAGAUAAACAGACGACUUCCUCAGCUUCCCCGGGACGAAGCAGCACUUCCACAAAACCCUGCACAUUACCCAACUGCCGCCCGACGCCAGAACCACCAGCAGGAAAUGACCCACAUAUAGGCGGGAAGAGCGUUCGGCUGGAGGCCAUUUUGUGUCCGGUGGCUCUGGGAUGUUUGGCCCUUUUGAUCCUGUUCUUCUUUCACUCAAACAGAGAUGAAAACGCAGAGGAAUCGUGUUUCAAGCGAGCUAUUGCAAAGUUAUGCAGUGAGGGAGGACGAGAUGCUUCUCACAAGCCGCAGGAAUCGACUCAUCCGCCCCCCAGAGACUCAUUCAGUGCCAAGCAGCCGCCGGCCGGCCUCUCUGCAGCCAAUCAGGUUCCAGUCCACGUCUAUAAUCCAGGGACGGUUAUCUUCGGCCUCCUCAAUCAGUUUACAGGACAAGUCGGUCCAACGAUGGUCCAAUGUGGGAAGACGGCCGAGAGAGUGACCAGCGAGAAAGAAGAGGAAGAGGAGAGAGGCUGUCCUGUGUUUCACCCCACAUCCUCUCCCAGCAUCCAUCUCUCUGAGGAGGAGAGGAGCGGAGAGGCUGACAGCAUUUUCUUUCCCUCCCAGGAGCAAGGAAAAGAAUGCCAUGUGUCCAAAGAGGAGUCGCUAUGAUGCGUCCUAAAUAUCCCAGACGAUUUACGUUGGUGGUUUACGACCGCUGGCAUCCAGACUUCUUUUUUUAAUUUUUUUAAGUAACUACAGAACAGAUGAAUGUGGAGCCUUUGGCAAACUGUGAAGGGAUCCCAGUGCCAUGCAGCAGAGACAUUGUUAUCUGCAGCUUGUGGUCCAAGCACACCAGAAACUUGAACUUUGGGAAGAACAGCUGGAGGGGAUCUCCUGUGUAAGUUAUCAUUUAAAAUGUCAUGUACAGUAAAUACUCUUCACUCUGCUCUCUUUAAAAGUGUCAGACCCGGAUAUUGUUGCGUGAAUAUUACUCGAUUUGGUUACAAUAAAACUUUAUUCAGAAUAAAGAAAGCUGAGUAGAAAUACAAAGAAAUCAAAACAUUCACAUUUGAAAAAUUUUAAAAGUCUGUUUAUAUUUACAUCUAUAAAUGUACCAUAGUACAUACCACCGGCACAGUUUCUAACCCAUGCACAACAGUUACAGCGUCACUUUUGGUAUUUGAAGUUCUCCUAUCCUAUUUAUCAUCUUAACGUCACAGAUGUCAGACAGUCAAGUUUGCCCGGAAAACAGCAGCAGUCUUGAAAUCUGUUCUUCCAUUUCUAGCGUAGGUCGAGGGACGUUUGCCCCUGUUUGCCCUUAAUGUCCAAAGAGAUGUUUUGCAGUAAAUGUUCAUAUUCUGGAGCUCUUCUUUCACUCAUACACAUUCACAUUUCCCGACCACUUCCUGGAUAGGCGUGGACACUCCUUCGUCCUCGGAGCAUGCCGUUACCGGCGCAGGCUCUUUAGCCAAAAAGUAGCCUGAGCAACAACAGAAAGAGGGAAGAUAUCUUAAGUAUUCAGGUAAAAAUAUGAGGUAAUAGCCACUUUAAUUUUAAAACGAAUAUGUGCACAACAUAAAAUGAUACUCUCGGUGCACUCUCUUUGUUUGUAUACUGGUUCAGGGUUAUCUGCUUCAUUAUAUUAAUGACUAACCAUUCAUGGAUUUGAUCCAGCGCAGAAAGGGCUUUAUGUUUGCGACAAAAACGAUUGCAAGUCCUGCACACAGGAGGGCAAUAAUCACCAGGAACCACACGGUAUCUGUAAGAACUUGUGAGAGAGACAUUUAUAGAUUGAAAUACACUGGAGAGAGUUCAGUUAUUUCCUUGUUUUGAUUGGCACAGACAGAACUUUACCUCUGAGUUGUGGAGCAGGCGGCCAGGCUGUAGUGAGGCCAGGUUUCAGGACUGCAGGGAGACAGAGUUCAUUGGAAACAUUUCACUUUUCAUGGUUCAGAUUAGAUCGUGAGCUCACUCCUUUAUUUUAUCUGAUCAGGAAGUCCCGAUAUGUAAAUACACAAAUCGGUUUAUCAUUAACUCCUGUCACCCAGUGUGUGUGUGCGUGCGUGCGUGCGUGCGUGAACUAACGCCACGGAAACUGAAACAUAUUUAAAGAGUAGCUAAAUAAAGUCAAAACAUGUAAGAAAGAAGUCUUUAUCCACUUUGAUAUCUACUAUUUUGUGUAUUGGCCGAGUGACUCAAAAGAGAAAAAACACCUAUAUAUUUUUUAAAGAAUAUAAUAAGAAGAAGAACACACUGUGAAGAAGUGCUUUUAGUGUGGAUGUCCAAUCAGUGUUCAUGGUAAAUGAAGUCGAAGCAUUGCAUGAGGAGUUUGUUCAUCAACACUAAUUGGAUAUCCACAUCAAAUGUGCAGAAUUCUCCCUUUAAUGCAGUAUAAUAACAUUUGCACAAAACAAAAAUCUUGUAUUCCUACAUGUUUGGUUAUCAGCUGUCAAUAACUUGUUCUCUCUAAAAAUAGAUUAGACUUUGUCGUCAUUGCACAACGAAAUGCAGUUUGCAUCCAACCAGAAAGCGCAAAGAGUAAUUAAGUGCAUUCGUUUUCUAUUCAAAUAUACAUAACAGAAAACAAUUAAGGUGCAGGGUUUGGAUAAAGAUGAAUACAGAUGUAAGUAGAUGCAAAUGUUGUAAAUAAAGACAUUGUAAUUGAGUCACAAGGAGUGCAAUGUCACUGAACUUAAUUAAAUAAUGCGUUCUUAACUUCAGAUUGCUAAAAUAAUCUACAAAAAUGCUUACAGUAUGUAUUGUGUAUGUAAUGUGUUGUGUAUUCCCACUCGGGCUACAGUCUGUACCACCCAGAAGCUACAGUGAUACGCAGGGCUAGAUGUGUGUCAUGUGAUUGAAAGCACAGUUAAAAAGUGAAAUAGCAAAAUGUUUUCUCUUCCCUUUUUUCACGAAUUAUCAGCAAACGUAUUACCAUUAACAUCAGACUGCAUCAGGUCCUGAACCAGAUAUGUUAUUUCUGUUAAUUUAGUGGAUUCCUUUGUAAGCUUUCAUCCUGCUCUAUUCCGUAAUAUAUGUCGAAUUCAAUUGAGCAACAAAUUAAAUGUUAUUUAUGUUUCUU